UGGCGCAUGCGUAGAUGUGCCCCCGCAGAUGAGACCGGGCACCUGUAAAUUCGUAGGGAAAUUGUGGUCUGUCGGAGUUUCCCCGAUCUCAGAUAAAUGCCCUUGAUUUGACAGCCGGUCAGUUGAUGUGGAAAUAUUGAAUUCAAUAUGAUCCAACACGCAGAGAAGUUGGAUGCGGAUGACAAUUCCAUAGUCAGUGCCAAUCUGAAUAACUCCGAUCCAGGGAGCUCUUCGCCUCAAGAUGAAGCCUCGGGAAGUGGUGGGGAGAUGCAGUACCCCCAGGAUGUGAAGUACACAUUCGAGGAACUGUGUCCUGUUUGCGGGGAUAAGGUGUCGGGGUACCAUUACGGACUUCUCACCUGUGAAAGCUGCAAAGGUUUCUUCAAGAGAACAGUACAAAACAAAAAGGUUUACUCUUGUGUGGAUAACAGAAAUUGUCAUAUUGACAAGAGUCAGCGAAAGCGGUGUCCAUAUUGUAGAUUUCAGAAGUGUCUCAGCGUAGGCAUGAAGUUAGAAGCUGUGAGACAAGAUAGAAUGAGAGGAGGGAGAAACAAAUUUGGUCCGAUGUACAAACGCGACCGAGCCCUCAAACAGCAGGCCAUACGGCAGCAACAACAGCUUCUGGCCACGUGUCAUGCGCGAUUUUCGGGUGGAAUGAACAUGAUGGGAGACCAGGACAUCAAACCGGAUCCCAACAUGCUUCACCAACUGUCCUCCGAGGGCAAUGUGGGAUACGCAAUGCAUUCACCUCCACUGUCCGGUAUGCCCUCACCAGGGAUGCCAGAUUCACCCCCUCAGGACCUCAGUCGGUUGUCAACCUCGGUUUCCUCUCAAGCCCUGCCCACUUCCACCAACUCUCCCUCUCAGGUUUACUCCAUGCCACCAAAUUACCAUCACUCUGUAGUGUCAGCACUGCGCAAUCAAUAUUCAUCCACACCUCAAAUGAAUCACCAUUAUAACCAUCACAGUCCAACCCAGAUGUCGCCACUAUCGCCCGUGGCGCCCCCUAUUGUGCCAAUUGUGCCUCAAAUGAUUCUGGACGUGAAAGCUUCCAUGGCUGACGAGAAUGAAAUAAAACAAAAACUGACUUCCUUUGUACAAAAUGAGUUUGGUCAUGAAGACAUUUUACAACCUAGUGUUUUAAUCAACAUGCUCUGUAAAUUGUCCGACCAGCUUCUGUUUCUGAUGGUGGAAUGGGCAAGAACCUCAUUCUUCUUCAAAGAUUUAAAGGUUGAAGAUCAAAUGAAGCUGCUACAGAACUGUUGGAGUGAGAUACUUAUAUUAGACCUGGUCCAUCGACUGGUCAGGGAGACAUGGUCAGGCGAGGUCACUCUGUUGAAUGGAAAAAAGCUGACAUUGGAUUGCUUAGACAAAUUAGGAUUAGCAGCAGCCAAAGAGAGCAUCUUUGAUUUGGUGCGAAAAAUGAAAGAACUAAAGAUAGAUAUCAACGAAUAUCUGUGCCUGAAAUUUUUAAUAUUAUUAAAUCCUGAUGUACCAGGUCUAGAAAAUCGACAAGCAGUGGAGAACUCCCAAGAGAAGGUAAAUUCAGCCCUAAUGGAAUACUGUGUCAAUUUCUACCCGCAUCUUAAAGACAAAUUUGGACAAGUUCUAUUAAGACUUCCAGAAGUGAGAUUGAUCAGUAUGCAUGCUGAGGAAUUUCUGUACUACAAACAUCUGAAUGGUGAAAUUCCCGAUCAGACACUUCUAAUAGAAAUGCUGCAUUCUAAGAAGAAAUAAAGAAUAGCGUCCUAUAGGCUGCAAGGUUUUUCCCUAAAUUUGAGUAUGUUAGGAUGCCGCUUCAAAACAAGGUUGGAGAUGCAUGAGCUAAGAGGAGAAAAGGCACUUUCGAGAAAAUGAUAGUUUCUAUCGAAGGUUGUUGAGUUAUAUUUUUUAUCAGGGAAAAGAAACUUGUAUACAUGUAGUUAUAUCAAAAAAGGAGAAAUGUACAAGUCAAUUGAUAAUGAGUGCUCCAGUGUUUAUUCAUGUUUGGUUCAAAGUAUCGAGUGCGAUAAUCAUGAAAUAUAGUGCCAUGUUUUUCAUCUGUUAUGUUAUAUAUUGUUAAAUUUGUUUUAAUUAUGUUCUUAUUUUUUGGACAUUGAUGGUCAGUUAUUAACUUCUUUACUUGUCCGUUUCUAAAUGACGGUGCACAACUUUAAUUAAACCUGAAUAGAAUCUUUUUUUUAAUUCGAGAAAAUAUUAAUUACAGAAAUAGAUUUUAGGUCUUAAUUUUUUCAUAAAUAAAGCUUGUGCCAUUUACAUUAUGUUAAAAAAAAUAUGAUGUAGUAGUUAGAAAUCUAGUUGUUUUUAAUACAUUGAGCAUACUAUAUGUAUGUUUCAUUGUUUUAUGCAACACUAUACCCGACAAGUAGCAUAUUUUUUAGACAGAAAAAUUUAAAGUAAGUUCAACUGAUAUAUUUUCAGUAGGUACACAUUUCCCCUGUAUUUAUAGAGAAUAUAUACUGUUUAUGUACUGUAUAUGUUUCAUUAUAUUGACUUUGUGUUAAUAUCAUUCUCAUUUCAUUUUCAUAGGGCAUUUGGUUUAUAACUGUCAUUAGAUUUGUACUUGAUGCAGUUGUAGCUGAACAUUUUUUAUUGCGGUAUACUUUCUGCCGAGUAAGGCUUUGGAAGUACACAACUUUAGCGUAGCUCAAAAACACGUCUUGGAAAUAUUUUUUAUUCCAUUUUGUUAAGGAUUUUUUUUUAUGUUUAAUAAUAUUCAAGAAGAGAUUUCCCAGUAUGGAAGUUUUGGAAUUUUCUUUUGUUUUUAAAUUAUUUUAUGACAAAUUUUAUUUUGGAACUUAUAUUUGUAAUAGAUUUAAAUUUUUCCUGUUUUGGUUUUUAUAAAAUUAUCUGGUUCCGAAUAAUGCAAGGAUGCCUUUUAUUUACAAAAAAUAGUUGUUUUUUUUUUUUUUUUUUUUUUUUUAAUCAUCAUGCACUGAUAUGUCAAAGUAAAUUACCGAUGAAUUCAAAAUUUCAAGAAUCUUGAAAAAUCUUUUUUGAACCUUAAUCCUAUCUUUCCAUCUGUUUGUCAAUGCAUAAUCACUGUAAUCUAUGAGAAAUAUGAGUAUGACAAUCAAAUAACAGAAUACAUCUAGAUUAAUUAGGCUGUUCCAUGUUGCUCAACAUUUGUCACCAAUGUUAAAAACACAGAUUUGUAAAAUCUGUAAAUGGUUGAUUAGCUAUUUUUCAUAGCAGCAUUUUCAUAUUCUGUAGCAUAUAUCAAACCUUCAUUGAUAUAUAAUUAGAAAUUAACCUUGAUAUUUAUAAAGAUCUCAAAAAUAAAAAAUAAAAACUUUCUGCACUUAAAUUUUAGCUAGCUUCCUCUAUUUUUCCAAAGAAAAUAAAAUGCUUUUCGUAGAAUUUUUUUUCCAAAACAUUAACCAUGUUAACGCAUGAAUUUAAUUUUUUUUUAAAAAUUGUUUUUACAUAAUAUAUUAUCUUAUGCAGCUAUUUCACACUUAGAAAUUGUAAAUAAUUUUUUAUGACAUUUGACGAUUGAUCACAUGAUCAAAUAUUCUAAUGAAAUCUUACCAUUCCCUGAAGUGCAUGCAUGAUGAUACAAAAUUGUUUUAGCUAACACAUUAAAAACUUCAUAUCCUUGCAGUGAGAAUUACAAGUUAAUGGAUUGGAGGUUUUCCAUGUUUUAGUCUGAAAAAAAAACACUUUUAUAUAAUAUAUAUUGGAUAGUUAAUAUAUUCUCAUAUUUAAGUCACAUUAAUUAUACUGUUUUUACAUGUUUUCAUCAACUACACAUACAGUGCUGAAUAAUUUUGUUGACGGCUGAAGUUUUGUUGGAAAACCAGCUUCAAAUGUGUAUAUACAAAUAUAUGACUGUAUAUUAAAGUGUAUGAGAGUGUGUGGUUGAGAGAUAUGAUACGAAAGUCUGUGCAGUAUUUGCACCCAGAACAUUUUUACUUGUGAGGGACAUCUCCAAUGUGUUGUAACUCCAUGCCUCUUGGAUACAUUUAGUGCUAUGUUUAUAAACCAGAAGUGCUACAAGGAUGUACAUUUCUAUUGAAUGUAUGUGCUUUCACUGCUAAACAUUGUGAUUUAUUUUCAAAAUGGAUUCUCUAAACCAUGUAUAGAUUUGUACACACAAGCUUGUAAACCAAUACAAGCCCCCAUGUUUUAAUGGUCUGUCUGAUGGACUCUGGAAUUUUGAAUAGAGCUUUUUGACUUUAUAUUGUUUAAUAUUUGUUUUUAGUGAGGUACUGUGAUCAUUUUGACCAGUUUCCAACACAGUGUUAAGAUAAAAAGGAAAAAUUAAUUUACUGAUAGGCUUGCUGUUCAAGAAUAUCUAACUUGAUGGCAGUCUUGUGGCAGUGAAGAAAAUUCUGUUAUUAUUGCCACAGGCUGCUCUAUGGCAUACAGUUGUAUAUGAAAUAAAAUCUAAAACUGUGUACAA